AUGGACUUUAUUCAAGAAUCGGAAGUACUAAAUGCAGUGAAAACAAAAUUACCACCAUGCUGUUUAAGAAUAUUUAGAAACAAGAUCAUCCUUGUAGGGACGUAUGACUUAGACAAAUCAACCGGGUACAGAUCGGGAUCCUUGGAUGUCUUCACCAUGGACCUCAAACCUUUGCUCUCAUAUAAUACAUAUGGUGCAAUUUUAGAUUUGAAGUUAUCUCCCUUCGAUGAUACGUUAGUAUGCACAGCGCAUUCGACAGGAAACAUCAUGUUAUGGCGGAUCAUUUGCACGGAAAAUUAUGACGGCGAAACGAAGGGACUAAAUAUAUGUUUAAUUGCCAAUAUGCAAUUAUUUGAGAAGGAUGUUCUGAUUGCUUCAUGCCAUUUUUCUCCACUUGACUCUAAGAAAUUAGUUGUGACAAAUACAGUAGGCGAAGCCGCUGCCAUUGAUAUAGAAACACUGUCCAUGCAAUUUUCAGCAUCAGCAGUCGAACAAGCUUACUCGAAGCUAGAUACAAUAGAUCAUAGUGUUCAAGGUGCAACUCAAAGAGUCAUUCAUAUAAAAUCGGACCAAUUUUUGAAACCACAUGAACUAGAGUGUUGGACUGCAGAAAUGGGCUCUCUACAACCUUUCCAAGAUGUUGUGUUUACAGGAGGUGAUGAUUCCACAAUUAUGGCCCAUGAUUUGCGUUCCAAAGAGUUCAUUUGGAGUAAUAGCCGCAUUCAUGAGGCUGGUGUUAUUGGCAUUAAGUGUAGUCAACCUAACUUUCGAAAUGACAAACCCACUUCAAUAAUAACUGGAUCAUACGAUGACAAUAUUCGUUCGCUAGAUUUAAGGAUGAUUGGUGACUCGAUAUUCCCUGGAGAGAACGUGCCCACAGUGAAUAAGCUGGCUUGUAAUCUUGGCGGUGGUGUUUGGAGAUUCGUUGAGUCGCCUACAGCUUAUGAUCACUCUGUUCAUGACGUCUCUAACAAACUUUUAGUUUGCUGUAUGUAUAACGGUGCUAAGGUCGUGGCUAUGAACGAUAAUUUGGAAGAUUAUUUUCAAAUUCAACAUUAUUUAAAGAAGGGGCACGAUUCAAUGUGUUACGGAGGGGACUGGUCAAGAUCUUUAAUUGCGACUUGCUCUUUUUAUGACAAUUCUCUCCAAACAUGGACUAUCUAG